UUAGGAUUUGUUGGGUCAGAUUGAGUGCAUUGCUGUUGAGUUAGUUUGGUUUGGUUAAGGUUAAAGUUAGUGUUCUUUUAGUGAAGGUUAAGGUUACCCAGGGUUAAAGUUAAUUUGGUUUAGUAGUGGUUAGUUAGGCUGAAGGUUAGUUUAGUUUUCAUAUUGUCGUAUUUUCAGGGUAAUUUCUCGGUUCUGUUGGACUCUGCUGCUGGUUUCUUCUAUCGCCGUCUCGUCUUCUCUGAUAUGUGAAACCCAAACGGGCCAGCUGAAACUUGCUUCAUGUUCUGAGCUGUGAUUGGACAGCCAGGGUCUGUCCAAUCACAGAGUGAGGUGACUUCCUGUUGAGUGAAUAAGGUGGGAACUGGGCCAGCCCUCACAUGUUACUGGCUGCUGUUGCUACCAGAACUGUCAGAGCAGAACCAGGCAGGAGAAAAGCCAAUAGAACCCAAUAGGACCAGGUCCGGUCUGCCUGAGCUGGGUUGCUGACCCGAGUCCUUCACAGCUGUGGCAGUAUGUGUGGCUCAGAGGGAGCGGCUGGACUCAGAGCGGUCCUCACAGAGACACACUCCCCUGACACACACACAGUCACAUCUGGAGAACAUCAGCAGAGUGGGCGGUUCUGGUCCCAGGCGGGUUGGCUGGAUCGGAUCAGACUGCUGCCAAUUCUCACAUAGAAUCAGCUGCUUCCCUGUCGGGUUCUGGGACCGGUUCUGGACCAUGAAGCGUCUCGUCAGGACUCUGCUGCUGGUGUCUGUCCUGCCGUCCCUCUGCACCGUCUCUCCGCCUCCGGACUUCGAGUGUGGCAUGUCCUACCGUCUACGAGCCUUCCGGGUGACGACCAGGUGUAACCUGACCACCCUAAAGGAGAAGCAGGUGAAGGAGAUCCAGGCUUCGACCACCAACCUGCUGCUGCCGAUCAUCUACCUGUCGACCUUCUGCGUCGGACUGCCCACCAACCUGUUGGCUCUCUGGAUUCUCGUGUUCCGGACCAAAUGUCGGCCGUCGACCACGCUGCUCAUCAACCUGACUGUGAUAGACUGCUUGCUGUUCCUGGUUCUGCCGUUUCGGAUCGUCUACCACUUCCGGGGGAACCACUGGGAGUUGGGGGAGCCUCUCUGCCGGAUCGUCAUGGCGAUGCUUUACGGGAACAUGUACAGUUCGGUCUGGUCCCUGGCCUUUGUGGCUGUGGACCGGUACGUGGCUGUGGUUUAUCCGUUUGGUGCGAAGAGUUUGCGCAGCCGGCGGUGGUCUCGGGGCCUGACGGCCGCGGUGUGGGUGGUGAUGCCGGCCGCCAUGUUGCCUCUGCUGCUGUCCCGGCAGACUUACCCUCUGGACGACCCCAACAUCACCACCUGCCAUGACGCACUGCCUGAGAGCGUGCAGGAGAACUACUUCCUGCCGUACUUCGCCACGCUGUUCACCACCUGCUUCCUGCUGCCCUUCAUCAUCGUGAUGUUCUGCCACAGCGCCAUACUGCGCACCCUGCUGGCUGAAGGCAGGAAGUACUGUCACGCUAUCAGGGUGACGGUUCUGAUGAUACUGGUGUUCGUGGUGUCCCUGCUGCCCUGUAACGUCCUCCUGAUCCUGACCUACAGCGACAGCUGGCCGGACGGUGAGGACCUGUACGUCCCCUACAUGAUGAGCCUGGCCACCAGCACCUUCAACAGCUGCUUCCACCCCUACAUCUUCUACUUUGUCUCCAGAGAUUUCAGAGAAAGGACCAGGAGCGCUCUGUGCUGCCUCCAUGACAUGGAGGACAAACCGUCCUCUCAGGGGACACACACCUCCUCGUCAGCGGGGCAGAGGUCAAAGGUCACUCUGCUGGCCAUGGCAGGUUACAGGGGACGCCUGACCCAGCAGCCAGAGGUCAACAUGAUGACGUAACAGUCAGCUGAUGCUGGUUUACGUCAGGAGCAGCCGGACGCGCCGGGCCUCCAGAUCCUCCUUCCAGUAAAAGAAAUAGCUACUGGAUUUUUUUACUAUAAACAAAACUGGAGAAAAAAUGUUUUCUGUGUCAAAACAUUUUGUACGUGUGUCCGUCCUGAACCUAACUCCUAUUGGUCAGUUUACUUUUGUUCAUUCGUCGUUCUUUCUGUAAGCCAUUGUUUCUCCACCCUGGUCCUCAGGCCCCUGCCUGCAUGUUUCAGGUGUUUCCCUUCUGCCACCUGGAUUGUAUCUCUGGGUGAUUAACAGGUUUCUGCAGCUCUUGACCGUCAUGCAGACAUUUUAAUCAGCUGUUCUGGAAUAGAGGCUCAUCUAAAACAUGCAGAGCAGGACUGAGGACUGGAAUUGAGAAGCUCUGCUGUAAGCCAACUGAGACAGUGCAGUGGAGCUAGCUACGAAUGAAUAACCGGAGUUCGACCCGUCCUGUAGCUCUGGGUGAACCCUGCUGGUUUAACAGCUUAUUUUGUGUGGUUUUGCUAACUGAAGAGCUGAUGGGUCCGUGACGUCGGCCGCUGUUCCUGAACAUUACCCAACACUGCCGGAGCGUUAAACAGUUAGAUCUAGUUAAAACUUUGCCAAAAAGAGUAGAAAUGAAGCAGACGCCACCUGAACCUGGGAGUCUCCGGCUUUGCUUUCCAGGCUUUAUUAUUUAGCAUAACUUGUUAAAAAAAAUCCUGGAAAAAUGUGCAAACAGAUAUAAAAAGUAUUUUUAGGCAUUUAUUUAGAUUUGGACCCAUCUAAAUAUUUUAGGGAUAAUUUCCUCGACAAACACAAUAAAUAUGGAUUAGCGUCUUGCUUCUGGUUGUGAAGAAGUGCAUCACAUAUGCUUGGCUAAGACCACAACCUCCCAAUCACACAAUAAAAAGGUCAACAAACAACAUGAAGACCAAACCCAAGAUGGAGACGUUGGAAACCUGGAACUAGAUUCAUAUUGUAACCUUUAGUUUAUUUUGUAUUAUUGUUAUUAUGUACUUUUAAUACAUAAUCACAGUACAUAGCACUGUGCUUCACAGUACAGUAUUAUUAUUGUAUUACUGUUGUCCCUUUCACUGUAAUUAUUGUGGAUUUCUAUAUUCAUGGAUGCUAUUGGCUUCUCUUCAUGAUGUAUUUCUGUUUGCUGUUUUCCUCCAUCAUCCUACAGGUGAAUUAGAGAACCUGUUAUUGUAGCUUAAAUUAUCUGUGUAAAUAAGAUGUGAAAUGUGACAAAGGUGGACAUGUUUAUGUUUGUAUAAGAAAGUUAUUGAAAAUAAAAAAUCCUGCCUGAUCCGCUGCUUUAGGCCCGGUGCAUUAUGGGAUGCUGCGUGUUGCUGUGGUUCUGAGUCGGGUUCAGGACCGUACGCUCCGGGUUACGUUUCUGUUUCUUGUUGUUAAACUGAAAUAACAGCAGCAUUCAAGAAUCGCCCAUUCUUGAAUGAAGCCCAGAACAAACAGCGUUUCCUCUCAGAACCGGACAGUUGGAAGAACUUUGUUGACACGGUCCGGUUCUGUUUCACCGCAUCAGAACAUGAGGCGGUUCAGAUUCUGACCAGCAGACAUUCAGUUAGAGAUCAAACUUCACAAAGUGAAGAUGAAUGAACUCUGCGCUUCGUCCCAACAGUUUCUGCUCUGACUGGAUGAGGAAGACGAAGGCCCGCUGGCUCAGGAAGUUCGUCCGUAUCUGAUGGAGACAGGAAGCUGCUGUCAUCAGUCACAGCUUUAACAGAACCAACAGGAACCCUACAACAAGUCAGCCACCUCUCCGUCUGCGACAGAAAACAAUCCAGACCAAUCGGCCUUCACUGUGGUGCCAUCUCUGGAAAAAUCCUGAUCCAACUGAACCUUAUCCAUGAAGACACAGAGACGUCAGUUCCAGAGACCUGGCCUCAUGUAGAAAGCGGCGUACGCACAAAAAGUUUGCGUAAACAAGGGCGAAGCAACGAGUUUCCCAUCGGGGACACGUAACGGAAAGCCGACAGUAAACAGUUUGAGCAGAAAUGUCCAACAAUGACAUCAUCAACGCGUUACUCUACUCUGACCCCUGGUAACCUGUAAUCUAACGGGUUACUAUUUGCAAUCCAGUAAUCAGAUUAAAGUUAUGCAUCCACAUCACUGUGUGUUAAUCUGCAGUUUUUCUAGUAAACACAUAUUGUUGCUUUCU